UCUGAGCACCGAGCAUGCCGGCAGCAAAUGUAAGACAAGAGCCGCUGCAGUCUCAGCUGAUUGCAUUGACACGCACAGAGACAGAGGUAUGUCCACCAUUUCUCUUUGCCGAGCUAUUUUUGUCCCCCUGCCUCUCUGCAUAACCAGCCUCUCCUCUCUCUCCAUCGCCACUCACAGAAAUACACCUCUAAUUGGGUUGGCUCUCGAUCAGAUGCACUGUGCUCCAAUUCCCCUCUUCCCUCCUUGUCCCCGUCCCUAACACCAGGGAACCGGCACAGGCAACGCCAAUCCAAACUCUCAGGGUCACACUUCCUGUUCUGAUCUGUUCUAACGCCCAACUGACUGAAAUAAGUAGCAACAGAGAGCUGGUGGUGUUUUACUUGUACUAGUUUUCAGCGCCACACCCUCCCUCUUGUUGGAGGUUUGUUUAUGCAAUAUGCUGAUAUAGAAAGCCAUGAGUGAUAGCAACAACUGCUCAGCUUAGGGAAGACUGAAUCAGAGUUUUAUUUUAGGGCCACUAUUAAGUUUUAUGGAUUAGGCUUUGCUAAAAUCAGAAAUUACUGAAACAAAUGGCUCUGAGCUCGUCUUUUGUGAAUGUAAUUUCAUACAAUAGGGGCUUGGACAAUCAAAGGCUUUAACUGAUUUGGUAAAUAACUGAAAUGAGGAGAGACAACACUCCGAUUCAAAGUAAAAAAGGAGGUGAUUUAAAUUCAAUUUCCAUUUUUCUAUGUCCUCUUAGCUCUAAAUGUUUUGGGGCUUUGUGGCUGCAAUAAAACAUCAGCACUGCCAAAUGCAUACAGAAGGCAAUACACACGCCUCAUGCUUAACUACUAAACUGAAGAACUGAUUUGACUUAUUUUACGAAAGAAUAAUAAGUGUUUUAGUUGGCCUGCAAAAAAGGAAAAAUGCUCAUUUAGAGUUACAGGUAGAGCUAGGAGGCAGAAUUACAGCCCCAAAGGGAGCAGUUUGUUCUAACUUUAGACUUGUCAUGGUCUGCAAGUCAGCAAAUAGUUUAUUUUAUAGAACUGGUGCUGCCCCGGGACUUAGUGUAGGAUGCAUAUGAAAAAAAUAGCUUAGAAAUGCAGACUAGGCAGCACAAGCUGAACAGCUGGGAUGGAAAGUUAAAGUUUACCCAGUGGGGUAUUGAAGUUAAAGCCAAGUAUCUCAAGUUUACCAGGAGAACUUGGAUAAAGUUUGUGAGAUCCAGUGAAGAAGAUGUUGAAAAAGCAGUUUAAACAAUUCAAUGGUUAAAUGAGAAGAAAUCAUGCCAGUUGGAGGCUGAACCAAUGUUAAGAAACAACCGUUCACCACCAUCUUUCUCUCUCUUCUCCUCUCUAAUGAGAAUGGAGGACUUGGGGGAGCCCAAACAGGCUUCUCACCCUGGCCCAGACUGGCAAAAGACUGAAGGGAGGCGCCCAUUUGUUAAUGUCUCGCUCAGUUCUACAGAGACAGGGUAAACUGUGUCAACAUUUCCAGUACCUGUAGCUCAGGUAAACUGAGCCUGGGCCAUUUGAAGACAUCCACUGAGAGCUAGUUAGUCGACUAUAACUAAUGACACAACUAUAGUGAAGGUGUCAUUGUGUUUAUGUGCGCGUGUGUGUGUUUGGGGGGGGUGGGGGGGUGGCACACUUCCAUUGGGGCAUUGAUAUCUUGUGUCCACAUUGAAUUACUCUAUAACACUCAGGACCAUCACUGAGGUCAUGCAAUAUUUAUGGCAAUUGGUGUGAUAUCCAUGAUUUUCAGAAUCUUCGCAGAUAUAAAGGGUGUGUUGAAACCAUAGACUGUAUUUAGAAUGGACGUCAUCUGCCUCCUCGCUUCUCCUCCUCCUCUGGAAGAAUAGCAACCUCUGGUGAUGGGCUGAAGUAUAGGUCAUAAAUCCCGCCUCCCAAACUUAAUGGAGCUGUGGACAAACCUUAAAAAAUUCAUAACAGAGUAUAAUUCUUUCACCGUCUUGGUUGCGAUAUUGACAUGUAGUUAUUGUAAGACUGGUUUGUGCUCAAGUCCUCUUUUUACUGUGCAGCUCCAUUUUUAAAAGUUAUUAGUGGUUUAAGUUUUCUAUGAAUAACAGUUGAUACAGCCUAUGGAUGUUCGAAGAUUGCGUAGCUCAUCUGGGUGAUACGCUGUUUGAGCAGAGCAUCAUCACAGCGACUCUCACACCGAAUGCAUUCAACUCUACUGCGCAAGUGGUGGUUCCAGCAAGUGGAGAAAAUCCCGGAAAUACCAAGAGCUAAGAGCAGCUUCGUAUAAUGACGGAAGGCGGAGCCAAGUUGUCCAUAGUAUAAACAGUCCAUGGUUGAAACAUUGCAAUGAACUAAAUGUUUUUGUGGCAUGGAGUAAGAGUGUGGGCUUGACUUUUUUAGGUUGGUCUUAAAAUAAAACUUGGUCAUCGUACUAUAUAAAGUAUUACUCCUCAGUCUGAUGUUGUUGAACUGUCAAGUGACUGCGAAUGAAGAAGUACAGUAGAAUUUCAAACUGGCAAAACGUCAACAUAUAAAGAACCAUCUGCUCACAGAGUUGGACUGUGUUAUUAUGGCCAACUCACCGCCUGACUUACAGUAUCAGUCACAUCACUGUAAUCCUUGUUCCCAUAGUGACAGUAUUUUUGUCUUUAUUUUUCACUUGCAAUGCAAAUCAAAAGCAAAAUGUUUAUUUCUUUUUGAGUUUUGCUCAAUCUUCACACAAAUAACACUGAGGCAGGAGGGUGUGUUUGUACUCCCUGCCUCACUCUGUGGUGGAAGUUCGUGCCAGCAUGCAAACCCUGCCCAGUUAGCCCCUCAACCCUAUGUGAAAUGUGACACAGGCCUGGGUUCUCCUUUACGGCAUGCCUUUUCUGUCUGUGUGCACUACAUUGUGGGUAUGUGUGUGUGUGCACAAGUGGACACCAUCUGUGUGUGCGUGUGAGUGUUAGUGCCGGUGUGUGCUGGGUGGGGGUCAAGCCUCCAUUUUUACCAGGACGUCUGCAGCAGCUGUCCACUGGCAUGCUGGAGGGAGCGUCACAGUGGUGAUACAGGGGUUCAGAAGUGAACUACAAGUCGUUUGAUCCAUUUGGAAGAUUUUGCUCUCACUGUGUCCAGCCGGUCCAGGUCCUACAGCCCCAGCAUGGCGGAUCAGUACCAGUACAACACCAACGAGGAGAAGAUUGUGAAAGACAGCCACACCAAGGAGAUCGAUCUCAUUAAUCGAGACCCCAAGCAGAUCAAUGAGGACGUGGUGAAGGUUUGUGCUGCAUGGACUCACCUGCCUGUCUCAGCAAGGAUUAGAGAUUAUAAUAAGUAUACCUGUGGAAUAAAUAAGCAAAGAGGUUGUUAAGGACAAAGACGGGCUACUGUACUGUCUAGAGCUGAAAAUAGACUAAGUGCUAUUCCUGAUGUCGAACAUGAGGUUUAUUUUGGGAAUGAGAUAGAAGAUCAUGAAACUGAUACACUCUACCACCAUGUUUAAUUUAGGUUUUACCAAUGUUUAUCCUGAUUGUUGCCAGGUCACUUCCAGAUAAUAUUUUCUGUAUGUACAGAGCAGAAUAUACAUUUAAAUAAGAUUUUGGUGAACUGAAAGGCGCUAAGAUAAACAUAGUGCAAAAGAUGGUAAACCAUUGAGUGCAUGUUGAGUGUCUGCAUGGCUCAGGUUGAAAGGAUUUACAUACCUUCCUGUGUCUGUUCCCAGGCAUAAAGAUAAAGGUUAUGUAUUUUUAAACUGAACUUCUACUACUCUGGUCUAAAAGUCACAUGGAGCGAUAAAAUAGCCCUUUUGUAUCCAUGCACUCUUUGCUAAGUUUUAUUUUUGCUGCACAGACCUGAUAAAUAGGGUCUGCUAAAACUGUGUUCCUGGUCGGUAGGUCUUAUCAUAUCAGUAAUUCAGUUUUUAGAUAAUACGACUCUGAUUUGAUUGUUCUAUUGUCAAAUCUGACCCCAGCAAUCCCUCUGAAAGCAAAAACGAGGUCCGACCUCACAUAACAAAAACAAAACAUGUCCAGCCAUUCAUUCAGAGGAUGAUCUCAGGCUGCUAUCGCAACAGGAGGUGGACAGUAAAUCGUCAUUUCACAUACUGAUCCCCGGGAAUGCUGGAAGAGAGAAGAAAAGGUAGUGGAUGUGUUGCUGCAUCUGGCAGCCCUGAUUACCAACAAGUUAAUUAAAAUUUUGGGGCUGAAUCUCCUCCUGGAAUGGGACAGUAUCCAAAAGACCAGCUGGCUGGAUCAGAAAACAGGAAAAUAUCGGAAGAUUAUAUAGCUGCUUUUAUGCAUUAAAAAGAGAAUAAAUUCAGAUGAUUAAAAAAGAGCUUUUUGAGAGGUUUUGCUCAGCCAUUAAAGCCACUCUAUAACUUUGCUGUUCCAUUAAGUGCAAACCUUUUCUGGUUCGACUGUGUUAAAUUUGCAGCAUUAAUAGUUAUGAACCUGACUCUUGAUUAUGUGUGUAAUAGCUGGAGGCAGUAAAUGUUUCGUGAAGGACUCAAUGAAAUCCUCUUUUGAAUUCACUCUCAGGUGGAGUUUGAGGAUGUCAUUGCAGAGCCUGAUGGCACACACAGCCUGGAUGGAGUGUGGAAGCUCAGCUACACCACCUUCACUGUGUCCAAGUACUGGUGCUACCGUAUCCUGUCUGCCGUCUUCGGUAUCCCUGUCGCUCUGCUCUGGGGAUUCCUGUUUGCCUGCAUCUCCUUCUGCCACAUCUGGGCCGUGGUGCCAUGCAUCAAGAGCUGUCUGAUCGAGUCACAGUGCAUCAGCCGCAUCUACUCUCUCUGCAUUCAGACCUUCUGCGACCCCUUCUUCGAAGCCCUGGGCAAGAUCUUCAGCAGUGUGCGUGUGGCACUGCGCAAAGAAGUCUAAAAAAACUCACCGUGUAGUGUUUGUUAGCAUGAUUGGAUGAAGUGUGGUACCUUUUUUUACACCAGAAGAUAAGUCCUGGCAUCCUGCUUACUCCCUGAUACUCCUCCUCCUCUUUCUCCCCUCAUAACAUACUCCAUCAGAUUUUCUGCGACAGCUGCAGUGGGCGGCAUGGUUCUGUGACAGUUCUGGCACUCCCGGAGGCCUCAGGGUCCUUCAGUGUGGGAAAGGGGGCUGCCCGGCAUGGGGAGGAUUUGUCUGUCCUGGUUUAUAUGUAUGCCAAAAAGCUCAGACGACCACUCAUCAUUGACAACAACUGGGACUUCCCAACACUGCUGCACCUGUGGAUGAUGCUGCCUGAAUGCUUUAUAUUUGGAUAUUUGAAGUUAAAUUUACAUCGAUGUUGUAUGUUGCUUAGUGUGUUUUUU